UGCGCGUGCGCAGCGGUCGCUCCAGCUGUAUAUUAGGGCGGCAGGGUCGCGGCCUGAAACUGUUUGCGGACAAGGGCAACGGUUAGUUUGGACUUUUCCCCUUGAGCGCCCACCGCCGACCCCACCUCCGCCUCCGCUGAGAGCCCCGCGCAGCUAUAGGGGCAUGACCUGGCCACGGUGGUGGUGGUGGUGGUGGUGGUGGUGGUGGAAAUCCCUGCCUCGGACUCAGAGCUUGGCUGGAUGCCUUCCUUGGGGAGAAGAAGGCCGGGAUCCCUAGGAAUCCUACCUGCCUAAAGUGUCUUUCUACAGGAGCCAGUACACUUCCUGGACAUGGAGACCGUUGUUCGACGAUGCCCCUUCUUAUCUCGUGUCCCCCAGGCCUUUCUGCAGAAGGCAGGCAAAUCUCUGUUGUUCUAUGCCCAAAACUGCCCCAAGAUGAUGGAAGUUGGGGCCAAUCCAGCCCCUCGGGCCCUGACUACCUCAGCGGUACACUGCCAGCAGAUCAGAGAAACCCCUCCGGGCAGUGAGAAAGACAAAACUGCCAAAGCCAGUGUCCAGCAGGCUCCUGACAGAGCCCAGCAGACUCCAGAUGGCACACAGCUUCCAUCUGGUCAUCCCUCAUCUGCCACAAGCCAGGGCACUGCGAGCAAAUGCCCUUUCCUGGCAGCACAGAUGAGCCAGAAGGGCAGCAGUGUCUUCUGCAAAGCCAGUCUGGAGCUUCAGGAGGAUGUGCAGGAGAUGCAUGCGGUGCGGAAAGAGGUUGCCCAAACCUCAGUGAACCCCAGUGUGAUCAGUGUGAAGACUGAUGGAGAGGAUCCAAGUGGAUUGCUGAAAAAUUUCCAGGAUAUCAUGCGAAAGCAAAGACCAGAAAGAGUGUCUCAUCUUCUUCAAGAUAACUUGCCGAAGUCUAUUUCCACUUUUCAAUAUGAUCAUUUCUUUGAGAAGAAAAUUGAUGAGAAAAAAAAUGACCACACCUAUCGAGUUUUUAAAACUGUGAACCGGAGGGCACAUAUCUUCCCCAUGGCAGAUGACUAUUCGGACUCCCUUAUCACCAAAAAGCAGGUGUCGGUCUGGUGCAGUAAUGACUAUCUAGGGAUGAGUCGCCAUCCACGGGUGUGUGGGGCAGUUGUGGAGACUUUGAAACAACAUGGUGCUGGGGCAGGUGGUACAAGAAAUAUUUCUGGAACUAGUAAAUUCCAUGUGGACCUGGAGCAGGAGCUGGCUGACCUCCAUGGGAAAGAUGCAGCACUCUUGUUUUCCUCAUGUUUUGUGGCCAAUGACUCAACCCUCUUCACCUUGGCUAAGAUGAUGCCAGGUUGUGAGAUUUACUCAGAUUCUGGGAACCAUGCUUCCAUGAUCCAAGGGAUUCGAAACAGCCGAGUGCCAAAGUAUAUCUUCCGCCACAAUGAUGUCGCCCACCUCAGAGAACUGUUGCAAAGAUCUGACCCCGCGGUCCCUAAGAUUGUUGCAUUUGAAACUGUCCACUCCAUGGAUGGAGCAGUGUGUCCACUAGAAGAGCUGUGCGAUGUGGCCCAUGAGUUUGGAGCAAUCACCUUUGUGGAUGAGGUUCAUGCAGUGGGGCUGUAUGGGGCUCGAGGUGGAGGGAUUGGUGAUCGAGACGGAGUCAUGCCGAAGAUGGACAUCAUUUCUGGAACACUUGGCAAAGCCUUUGGCUGUGUUGGAGGGUACAUCGCCAGCACGAGUUCUCUGGUUGACACCGUGCGCUCCUAUGCGGCUGGCUUCAUCUUCACCACCUCUUUGCCUCCCAUGCUGCUGGCUGGAGCCCUGGAGUCUGUGCGGAUCCUGAAGAGUGCCGAGGGGCGGGCACUUCGCCGCCAGCACCAGCGAAACGUCAAGCUCAUGAGGCAGAUGCUCAUGGAUGCUGGCCUCCCUGUGGUCCACUGCCCCAGCCACAUCAUCCCUGUUCGGGUUGCCGAUGCUGCUAAAAACACACAAGUAUGUGAUGAGCUAAUGAGCAGACAUAACAUCUACGUCCAGGCGAUCAAUUACCCAACAGUGCCGCGUGGAGAGGAGCUGCUUCGGAUUGCGCCUACCCCUCACCACACGCCUCAGAUGAUGAGCUACUUUCUGGAGAAUCUGCUGGCCACAUGGAAGCAAGUGGGGCUGGAACUGAAGCCACACUCCUCUGCGGAGUGCAACUUCUGCAGGCGGCCGUUGCACUUUGAAGUGAUGAGUGAAAGGGAGAAAGCCUACUUCUCUGGCAUGAGCAAGCUGGUGUCAGCCCAGGCCUGAGUGGGACCUCAGUUAUCCCACCUCUCUGCAAGUCGUUGUUAUACCCAGAUAGUCUCCACAGUUGUCUUUCUAUGUGAAUUAAAUUAUAUUAAAUCUUAAACCUAUAGUAAAAAUAUAAUCCUGGAAAUAAAUUCUUGUUUAAGUGA